AUGGGGCCUGUGCUGUCCCGGAGUUCGUACAUCGAUGACAUCAUCUACGGAGCUCCGUGCUGGGAUGACCUGUGCAAGACGCUGAAUGCCCUCCUGUACCGACUGCGGUACUGGAAGAUCUCAGUGAGCCUCCCGAAGAGUGAAUUUGGAGUCAAGAAGUGCAAGUACCUCGGGCACGAUAUCAGCUCGGACGGAAUCCGGACAUUCCCGAAACUGGCGGAAAAGGUCUUCAACUUGCCUUUCUCGAAGACCCAGAAGGGAGUACAGUCCUUCCUCGGGAGCCUCAACAACUAUGCUAAGUUCAUCGAAGACCUACCCGUGCUCGCAGCCAAAAUAUCGGACGAACAACUCCGUUCCGGGCGAGAUUUGGAGAACCCUAAGCAUGCGUUCAAGAUACUCAAGGGCCGACUAGUGUCGACACCACUACUCCAGCACCCUGACCCCGGGAGGCAGUACGUAAUCAUAUUGCACGCCAACCUCUGGGCCAUCAGCGCGGUUCUAGGGCAGGACUACGACGGCACCAUACUACCCGUGCGGUUCGUGGGACGAGUUCUUCAACAUGCCGAACUCAGGUACCACCCCGCCGAGAAAGAAGUACUAGCGCUUCUCCGAGUCCUGAACACAUGUCAUACUAUGAUUACGAGCUGUUCCGAGAAAAAGAUUCGCGUGUAUACCCGGUACUCGGCGCUAGCAUGGUUGUUCAAAGGUAGAUGGGAGGUGCCUCAAGUGGGCGGUCAACCUGUCUCCCUGGGACCUGGAUAUCCGGCGAAUGGCCUGGCAGCGAUCCUGAGAGCGGACAUCACUCCACGGGAACGCCUCGACGAAGUCGCCGAGACCCUAGUUCCGGACAAGGGUUCCCGGAUCAGGACACCGCCAGUCAGCCUGGAGAUGCUCUCUAGUGGCCACAUCGGACAUCUGCUGAGCUUCGACGGAGCUGCCAAGAGAGAUGGGUCCGGGGGCGCCGCAUGCAUCCUCUGGAGACUCCCGAGUUGGGAGAUCGUGGCAGCCACGGGACAUUUCCUGGAGAAGGCGACCGUGAACGAAGCCGAAUAUUCCGGAUUAGUCAAAGGCAUGCAACUCGCUCUAAACUCGGGGAUCCUGGAACUGGUAGUGGUUGGGGACUCCCGGCUAGCAAUACAGCAGCUUCAGGGGGUUAUCGGGUGUACCCAACCCCAUCUGUUGAGGCUCCUCCAGGAAGCCGAAGGACUCCAAGCUAAGUUCAAAUCCUUGCGCCUGGUACACGUGAAGAGAGACUUCAACGCCGCCGCCCACUACAUUUCCAAGCGGGUCAUCCAAGAGCAGUCCUCAUUAGAGGUCACGGACCCCGGGCAGCGGAAGUUGCUCCAGGACCUGAACCGGAUUCACGAAAAACUGAUGAAGGACCCGAAAUCGACUCCCGAAUCCGGAGCUGACCACUUAGAAUCUGUCGACCCCGGGGCCGACGAGCUGGGAACCAAAGGCGCGGAAGACGGGCUGGCAGUCGGUCCCCGAAAACCCGACUCCCAGGACUCCGAAGAAGACCCUGAGGACGCCCGUAUGGAACGAUGGAGGAGGAUCUGUUCCCACCAGGCGCACGACCCAGGACUAGCACCCCUAGUAAGUUUCAUCCGAGGGGAGACAGAACCGUUGUCCCUGAGGCAAACCACACACCUGGUCAAGAUAGCGGACCAGUUUGUGCUGGACUCCCGGGACGCGUUGUUCUAUGUGAGUCGAAACACUCCGGAACGCCCCCAGGACGCUGCCGAUCGCCUCCGUCUGGUGGUGCCCCAAGACCUCCAAGAGGAUAUCCUGCACCACUGCCACGCAGACCUCCAAGGCGCACACCAGGGUAUCAUCCAGACAUAUGAGAGAUUGCGUAAAGAAUUCUACUGGAUUGGGAUGUUCAAGGACACGGAGCGAUAUGUUAAAGAGUGCGUAGAUUACGUCACGGCUAAGGGGUUACCCCGGAACCCAGGCUCAUCACCCGGCAACUUGCUGGCUACGCGACCGUUCCAAGUCGUCUCGAUAGACUUCAUCAUACCGUUGCCUCAGUCAGCCCGGGUGAACACAGCACUACUCUUGUUCCAGUGCGCGUUCUCAGGUUACAUCAUGUGCAAAGCCAUGGCGAGCACUGAAGCCCAAGAUGUGGCCGAAGCCUACGAAGAAUGCGUGUUCCGAAGGUUCGGGGCCAGCGAAAUGAUCCGCCACACGGUUCAUGGGUCGGGUGUCCAAGCACUUCCGGGAGAUGCUCGGGAGCAGACAGUGAUCCGAAGUGUCAAGGCGUGCGUCCAGACGGUAGACCAGAGGGACUGGGACGAGUUACCCGAAAAGCUCAUGUGGGCGCUGAACACCUCUUUCGACUUCACCCGACUCGACACACCGUUUUACUUGGUGCACGGUUGGGACGCCCAAGGUACCGUCGAAGCCAUGAUGGGUCCAUGGGGAUACACACGCACGGUUUCCGAGAGAGACGCCAAAACGCUGCCCCGGUCCGGAACCGUUUGCACUCAGGAGGAGGAAGCGUAG